AUGGAGGAAGAUCGACAGGGACCUUACUCUGUUCUAUCAAGAGAUGAUUUUAAAGAGAAGAUGAAGAAACAGAUCGAUGAGAUCUCUGAGAUCUUCUUGGUUUCGAAAUCCGAUGUGACCGUUCUCCUCAUGUAUCUCCGAUGGGACUCACUUAGGGUUUCUGAGCGUUUAAGUGAGAACAAGGAGAAAUUAUUGUCUGAAUCAGGUUUGAAACCACUUGUAAUUGAUCCUGAGUUCGAUGCAUCUGAUUCAUCUUGUGGGAUUUGCUUCAAGACUUGUGAUGAGAUUGUUGAUGAUGAUGGUUUAAUCUCCACGAUGUUUUGUUCUCACAAGUUCUGCAAAACUUGUUGGAGAGAUUAUCUCCAGAAGAAUUUAUUCUCUCUGGAGACAAACCAAACUUUAAUCUCUUGUCCUGAUCAAGACUGUCGGUCCGCGGUUGGACCAGACACGAUCGAGAAGCUAACAGUAGAAGAUAAAGAGAUGUACGAGAAGUAUGUUCUGAGAUCAUACAUUGAGGAAAACAAGGUCUUGAUGAUCAAAUCGUGUCCUGUAUCGAGUUGCGAUUACUUUAUCGAGUUUCACGAAGAUGAGACUGAUGAGGAGCAUAGUUUAAACGUUGUGUGUCUUUGUGGUCAUACCUUUUGUUGGAGAUGCAAGCUUGAAUCACACAGACCAGUGACCUGCAACAACGCUUCUGAUUGGUUGUCUACUGUCUUGACCUCAGAUGAGUCACUGAGCCGUUCCAGGCCCAAAACCGACACGAUGCUUUGUCCUAAUUGCUUUUCUGCUGUGGACAUGAGUGGUUCAAAGUAUCUCCGGUUCCUGAUUUGUACCUGCAGGUUUCGGUUCUGUUGGAAGUGUAUGAGGUCAGAGGAAUCUCACAAAAACGAAGCAGGGUUCUAUAGAGCAUGUCUUGUACCAGUGGCACCCACCAGGAGAGCAGAUCUGGAGGUUUCGAGUGGGAAUCGUUGGAAAGAUUGUGAGAUUUCAAUGGAGAAAGCUAAAUGUGAUCUACAAGCUUUCGACAUAUACAUCAACAAGGAACCUGGUGUUUUGAGAGGGCAAGACAUUAGGAUUGUUAGAGAAGGAAUGAUGCUGAUUGUUCAAUGCAGACAAGUCCUUAAAUGGACCUGUGCGUACGACCAUUUCCACACCGAGUAUGAGAUAUCGAAGAAGGAGUAUCUACGGUUCCUGCAAGAUAAUGCAACCACCACUCUUCAGAGCUACGUAAAGCAGUUACUAGAUGAAACAAAAGAAGCUUCAUAUGCAGAGACUUAUGAAGAGAUUGGUAACUUCAGGGAUAGGUUAUCUACAGCGACAAGUAACAUUGGUAACUACUUUUAUCUUUUCAUCAAGAAUUUACAAGAUGGUUUGGUCGACGUGAAGGUCAAUUCCUACGAUGGCUGCUUAGUUGGUCCUUACUGGUUCUGCGAUCGCUGCACCUUUGGAAACACUUGGUUUGAUAAGGAGUGUAAGAUGUGUUGUGAUCCUACUGCAUCUACUUUGGAGGAGAUAAGUGGUUUAUCCCUUAACUAA